AUGAGCCUCUCCAUGAGAGAUCCGGUCAUUCCUGGGACAAGCAUGGCCUACCAUCCGUUCCUACCUCACCGGGCGCCGGACUUCGCCAUGAGCGCGGUGCUGGGUCACCAGCCGCCCUUCUUCCCCGCGCUGACGCUGCCUCCCAACGGCGCCGCGGCGCUCUCGCUGCCGGGCGCCCUGGCCAAGCCGAUCAUGGAUCAAUUGGUGGGGGCGGCAGAGACCGGCAUCCCUUUCUCGUCCCUGGGGCCCCAGGCGCAUCUGAGGCCUCUGAAGACCAUUGAGCCCGAAGAAGAGGUGGAGGAUGAUCCGAAGGUGCACCUGGAGGCUAAAGAACUUUGGGAUCAGUUCCACAAGAGGGGCACCGAGAUGGUCAUUACCAAGUCGGGAAGGCGAAUGUUUCCUCCAUUUAAAGUGAGAUGUUCUGGGCUAGAUAAAAAGGCCAAAUAUAUUUUACUGAUGGACAUUAUAGCUGCUGAUGACUGUCGAUAUAAAUUUCACAAUUCUCGGUGGAUGGUGGCGGGUAAGGCCGACCCUGAGAUGCCAAAGAGAAUGUACAUUCACCCCGACAGCCCGGCUACCGGGGAACAGUGGAUGUCUAAAGUUGUCACUUUCCACAAACUGAAACUCACCAACAACAUUUCGGACAAACACGGAUUUACUUUGGCCUUCCCAAGUGAUCACGCAACGUGGCAGGGGAAUUAUAGUUUUGGGACGCAGACUAUAUUGAACUCCAUGCACAAAUACCAGCCCCGGUUCCACAUUGUAAGAGCCAAUGACAUCUUGAAACUCCCUUAUAGUACAUUUCGGACGUACUUGUUCCCCGAAACUGAAUUCAUCGCUGUGACCGCAUACCAGAAUGAUAAGAUAACUCAGUUAAAAAUAGACAACAACCCAUUUGCGAAAGGUUUUCGGGACACUGGAAAUGGCAGGAGAGAAAAAAGAAAGCAGCUCACCCUGCAGUCCAUGCGGGUGUUUGAUGAAAGACACAAGAAGGAGACAGGAACUUCGGAUGAGUCCUCUAGCGAACAGGCGGCCUUCACCUGUUUCACUCAGGCCUCCUCACCAGCAGUGUCCACUGUAGGGACAUCGAACCUCAAAGAUCUGUGUCCCAGCGAGGCUGAGAGCGACGCGGAGGCCGAGAGCAAGGAAGAGCACGGCCCCGAGGCCUGCGACUCGGCCAAGAUCACCACCACCACGUCGGAGGAGCCGUGUCGCGACAAGGGCAGCCCGGCCAUCAAGGCUCACCUCUUUGCGGCGGAGCCAGGCGGCCGUCCCCGGGACAGCGGGCGGCUGGACAAGGCGUCGCCGGACUCGCGCCACAGUCCGGCCACCAUUUCCUCCAGCACCCGCGGUCUGGGCGCCGACGAGCGCCGGAGCCCGGGCCGCGAGGGCGCGGCCACGGCCAAGGUCGAGGAGGCGCGCGCGCUGCCAGGCAAGGAGGCGUUCGCGCCGCUCACCGUGCAGACGGACGCGGCCGCGCACCUGGCCCAGGGCCCCCUGCCCGGCCUGGGCUUCGCGCCGGGCCUGGCCGGCCAGCAGUUCUUCAACGGGCACCCACUGUUCCUGCAUCCCGGCCAGUUUGCCAUGGGGGGCGCCUUCUCCAGCAUGGCCGCGGGCAUGGGGCCCCUGCUGGCCACCGUGUCCGGGGCCUCUACUGGCGUCUCAGGCCUGGAUUCCUCGGCCAUGGCCUCUGCCGCCGCUGCGCAGGGACUGUCUGGGGCAUCUGCGGCCACCCUGCCCUUCCAUCUCCAGCAGCACGUCCUGGCCUCUCAGGGCCUGGCCAUGUCGCCUUUUGGAAGCCUCUUCCCUUACCCCUACACAUACAUGGCCGCAGCAGCUGCCGCCUCCUCGGCUGCGGCCUCCAGCUCCGUGCACCGCCACCCGUUCCUCAGCCUGAACAGCAUGCGCCCGCGGCUGCGCUACAGCCCCUACUCCAUCCCGGUGCCGGUCCCCGACAGCAGCAGCCUGCUGGCCACCGCGCUGCCUUCCAUGGCGCCGGCCGCGGGGCCCCUGGACGGCAAGGCCGCUGCCCUGGCCUCCAGCCCCGCUUCGGUGGCCGUGGACUCGGGCUCAGAACUGAACAGCCGUUCCUCCACGCUCUCUUCCAGCUCUGUGUCCUUGUCGCCCAAACUCUGCUCCGAGAAGGAGGCGGCCACCAGCGAACUUCAGAGUAUCCAGCGAUUGGUCAGUGGCUUGGAAGCCAAGCCCGACAGGUCCCGCAGCGCGUCCCCCUAG